AAAAAAAAUGCCAAUAAAACUUCUCUUUUUCUUAUCCCUCCUCCUCUUCACCAAAUGCGAGGACACUUCCCCACCCUCAGACCAAUGGGCUGAAGCCUCCGAAUAUUUGGAAGAUCUAGGAGAGGAUACAGCUAAAGUUGUAAGAGGAGUAAUGGAUGCAUUCGAAGGUAGCUUUGUUGAUCCGUGGAUUGAUGAUGAGAAUAAAAAGAAAGCAAAGAAGACCAUUGACGCUAAUGGAAAUGUGAGGACCAAAAAGAGGACACUAAUAAAUCCUACGCAGAAAGAAAUUGAAUACAAGACCAUAGAAGAGUUAGAAGAUGAUGAAGACGAUCCUUCAAUAAUCACAACCCAGAGUGUUGGUUUUAACCUCAACCACAACUCUCUAAGUAACCACACAUUCUCUUCUUUCGGACUGACAGACCCUAAAAAUGUGAACAAUACCUGGCUUGGCACAGAACAGAGGGUCACUGGAUAUGUCAAAUCUUUCUUCUGGGUCAUGAUCGAAAUCUCCAUUGUUAGCAUAAUAAUAAUCGUGCUUUUUAAGGCAUUUGGGCUCAAAGAGAAACUUAAAAAUACUCCUAUUGGGAAAUUCUUCAAAAGUUCACACAGACGGUACGAUAAGGAUGACAGCCAGAGUUAUACAGAUGAAGAGGAAGAUGAUGAGGAAGAACUUAAAAAUAUAAGAAAUGCUAUUAAGAGGGGAGAGAGAACAAAGGUUUAGUAGAGAAUUAAAUUUCU